GACAGACCGAACAUAUAAGAAGGAAACCAGAGAUCUGGUGCUAUUACGUCCCCGAGUCUAAGGGAACGAAUAAGCACAGAAUUCAAGGCAUUCUUCAGACUGAAUUUUUAAGGGUGCAUUUAGGAAUUAGGCAAGCUGAUUUAUGACAACUGCUUUAAACUCCAACAACCAAAGGCGUGAGAAUUAGGAGCUGCUGACAUUUCAGUAUGAAGGGCAACUUCACUCUUGACACCAUCAGCAAAAACAUAACCACUGACAGUCUUCACUUCGGAACUGUGAAUAUCUCUGACAACGAGUCUACCUUGAACUGCUCACAUAAACCAUCAGAUAAGCAUUUAGAUGCAAUUCCUAUUCUCUACUACAUUAUUUUUGUGAUUGGAUUUCUGGUCAAUAUUGUUGUGGUUACACUGUUUUGUUGUCAAAAGGGUCCUAAAAAGGUUUCCAGCAUUUACAUCUUCAACUUGGCUGUGGCUGACUUACUCCUUUUGGCUACUCUUCCUCUCUGGGCAACCUAUUAUUCUUACAGAUAUGACUGGCUCUUUGGACCUGUGAUGUGCAAAGUUUUUGGUUCUUUUCUGACCCUGAACAUGUUUGCAAGCAUUUUUUUUAUCACCUGCAUGAGUGUUGAUAGAUAUCAAUCGGUGAUCUACCCCUUUCUGUCCCAAAGAAGAAAUCCCUGGCAAGCAUCUUAUAUAGUUCCCCUUGUUUGGUGUAUGGCCUGUUUGUCCUCAUUGCCAACAUUUUAUUUCAGAGAUGUCAGAACCAUUGAAUACUUAGGAGUAAAUGCUUGUAUUAUGGCUUUUCCACCCGAGAAAUAUGCCCAAUGGUCAGCUGGGAUUGCCUUAAUGAAAAAUAUCCUUGGUUUUAUUAUCCCUUUAAUAUUCAUAGCAACAUGUUAUUUCGGAAUCAGAAAACAUUUACUGAAGACCAAUAACUAUGGGAAGAACAGAAUAACCCGUGACCAAGUCCUAAAGAUGGCAGCUGCUGUUGUUCUGGCGUUCAUCAUUUGCUGGCUUCCCUUCCAUGUUCUGACCUUCCUGGAUGCUCUGGCCUGGAUGGGUGUCAUUAAUAGCUGUGAAGUUAUAGCAGUCAUUGACCUGGCACUUCCUUUUGCCAUCCUCCUGGGAUUCACCAACAGCUGCGUUAAUCCCUUUUUGUAUUGUUUUGUUGGAAACCGGUUCCAACAGAAGCUCCGCAGUGUGUUUAGGGUUCCAAUUACUUGGCUCCAAGGCAAGAGAGAAAGUGUGUCUUGCCGAAAAAGUGAUUCUCUUAGAGAAAUGGAGACCUUCGUGUCUUAAACAAGAGAGCAGAAGGCAUAUAAUGAAGAUAGCUUGGUUUGAGGCUCACCCAAAUUAUCUUUAAAAUGGCUUUGGCAAAAUAAUAAGCUUUUCCUCCUUAGCUAAUCUUUUCCCACUCUUCUAGAACAGAAAACCAAAUUUAAUUAUAAGGUUUCUCCUCUAGUGACUUUCAGGAAUUGCCCAUUGUUUUUCUGGUAUAUCAGUACAAAAUUGUCACUGGUAAGACAUAUCCAUAACCUAGAACUAACUGGGGAUUUAUCUCAAAUUAUAAUUAACAAUAAAUUGUGAAUGAUGAUUUGCAGUUCAGAUUUCUCUGUAAAAGAUGUUGGUGUUUCUUAGUGGAGUUUUAUAUACAUUUUCAUCAGAUUGUCCCCUUGAACCAGGGCCAGUCUUUUCAUUAUUUACAGGACAACAUUGUAAGAGAGUUGAGCACUUAUAAGUUGAGUAUAUUAUAAUAGAUUAGUACUGGAUUAUUCAGGCUCUAGGCAUAAACUUAGAAGAAAAAAGUUAUAAAUUAUAUUUCUUUUGCAUUUCACUUGUGUAUAAAUUUAUGCUUAAGAUAUAACUACAUACUGAACAGAGCUAGGAAUAUAGAUUGAAUCAUAUUACUACAUUUUAGCUUAUUUUUACAGUUAUAGAAAUUAAACUGUGUCGUAGCAUAGAACUGAUAUUAACAAAUAUUUGAGUGUUCACUAAACUCUGAAUAAACACCUUUAAAAAACUUUCUAUUUUAACCAUUGUUAAAGAUUUCUAUUUUCUCUGAUAACUGUUUUGAAAACAAUAACUAAACACUGUGUAUUGUUAUAAAAUGUAAAGGUCAUUUUUACAUCCUUGACCUUUUGGAUGUGGUGCUUUGACAUAUAGGACUUUGACUUGAUUUUUAUUAUUGAUGCUUUGGUUCUGGGUUGCUUUCCAAAAUAUCUGAGUGGCUUCUUUAACUCUUUAACUUCUAAUAAGCUGUUAGCUGGUAGAGAAAUAGAUUGUGUCAGAAUAAUAUUUUGAUACCUGGGGUUUGCAGAGGCAGGAGGUGGGGUGGAUAAGAGACCUAGCUAAAUACAAGUUUGGUGCAAAGCAGCAAACCUCUCAGAGCAGUGCAAUGUGCCUUUGAAAUACAUACCAUGGAGAUAGUUUAAACUAUAACUAUGGAUGCUGUUUGUUCUAGAAUUUAUAGGAUUCUAUGGAGCUAUUUUAAACCAACUGCUGGUCAAUAGAGCUCCUUCGCAAAAACUAUUAGAGCUCCUAAUGUAGAGGAGUAUCUGAAACUGACUGAGUUACCUAAAGUUUACUUAGAUUAGAGUAUAAAUUUUAAUUUUAGAAUGUCAAGAUUUUGUUCUGCAUCAGCCCCAUGUUAUAUUAGAUUACUUAGGACCUUCUUAGACCAAUACCUUUCUGAAGUAGAACUAAACUCUUGGUAACUCAGCAUCUAUGCCAGAUUCCAGAGCUAUAGAUUGAAGAAUCCUUUCACAGCACUUUCUGGGAAAGUCUUAAUUUUACGUAAUCAUAUUAUUUUCAACAAAAUAGUUAAAUGUAUAAGCAACUAUUACUUCAUGUUUUGAAUAAUUUUGUAAAACACUCCAUAUAAAUAAAAUCUUUAAUUGGAAGA